AUGAAACUCCCUUUAGAGACAUCGCCUGACGUAGCUCCGACCGACCCGACCGCGCAAACACAGACACCUUCCGACGAAGCAACACACACAGCUGCACCGCCGGCAAUGCAAUCUUCUGCUCCACCAGAAGAGCCAAAGGCAAAAAAGCAGCAGGGCUGGCCAAAAGGAAAGGCGCGGGGAGCUCGUAACUCCACUGCAGCCGCAACGUCGAGCAGACGAAAGAAGACGACACCCAAGCCAAAAAACACGCCUUCUGCAAGCACCGCUGGCGCCUCAGACCAAACCCAAUCGCCCUUGAGCCUCCCCACCGAGCAGUCGGCAACAGUCCCACCGCAAAGCUCACUCGCCCCAGCCACCCUUGCCGAAUACGCGCAUACCUCACCCACACAAGCCCGUCGCCACUCCUUCUCAUCACCCAAUCUACCACUCCCGAACAACCAAUCACCGCCGAUGGAUUCGCGUGCCAAAUCACUUCCUCUUGGUGCGCAAGCAGUUCCAUCUGCGUCCGUCAAUACAGUCAGCCAGCCAGCGAACGCUACAACCGAACCAGAACUCAUCUGCGCCGCCUGUAAUUCCUCCGAAUCAGAAAUCAAAGUCGGUGAUGGCGAGCAGUGGAUCGGAUGUGAUGGCUGCAAAGAAUGGUACCACUACCCUUGCGCUGGUUUCAACAGCGAGCGAGAGGUGCGGGAGGUAAACAAAUUCUACUGCGAACCGUGUAGACCCAAGUUUGGUGAAACAACGAAGGUUCGUAAAUCCGUCAGAGCCCACACAACUGUUGACUACGCUGGUCUAAACGAAGGCGUGUUGAAGACGUCGGACGAUAACCCUGAACACCAUUACAUCUCGGCGUUCAAGAAUGGGGAUAUCGAAUUUACUCCCGAGAUGUUUGCGCGCGUGCCGGCCGAGCUCAUCACCGGCGAUUUUCUCGAGAAGAUGAAUGGGUUUAAAGAACCUAUCGUAAUACCUGGCGACAUGAAUCCUCGGCUUGGGACGUUGGCUGAGGAUCAAGUGAUGGACGACUUUGUGGAGGACAACGACCAACAGUCAGAGGGUUCAAAACUACAAUUCGAAUACGAGACGGUUGCGGACGAUGGCCAGGACAGCCUCGACAUGGUUAUACCCCAGGGAUUGACCGUCCGGCGCGUGGCAGAACUAUAUGGCCCAAACGAAACUGUGCCUGUCAUCGAUGUCAAGGCUCAGGAGGGCGAAGGCAAGAAAUGGACAAUGAAUAAAUGGGCCGACUACUACGAACAACAAGGCGAAAAGCCCGUGCGAAACGUCAUCAGUCUGGAGGUGUCCCGGAGCCGGUUAGGGAAGCUCAUUCGACGGCCCAAAGCCGUUCGCGAAAUGGAUCUCCAAGACUCUGUAUGGCGGGAAGACGACAAGUUUGCUCCACCACCAGUACAGUUCUACUGCUUGAUGUCCGUCGCCGACUGCUUCACCGACUUCCACAUCGACUUUGGUGGUUCUUCAGUCUACUACCACAUUGUAAAGGGCAAGAAGGUCUUCUUCUUCAUACCGCCUACAAAGCAGAAUCUCAAGAAGUACGAGGACUGGUGUCUUUCGCCGAAUCAAGGUCACGACUGGCUCGGCAAACAAGUCAAAGAGUGCUACAGAGUCGACCUGUACCCUGGAGAUACGAUGCUGAUCCCCUCUGGUUGGAUUCAUGCUGUCUGGACACCCGAAGACAGUCUCGUCAUUGGAGGCAACUUCCUGACCCGCAUACACUAUGGCAUGCAGAUCAAGAUCUUAGAGAUUGAGAAGAACACCAAAGUCGCUUUGCAGUUUCGAUAUCCUUACUUCCAGAAGAUCAUGUGGCUGACAGUCAUCAAAUACCUGGAAGAGGAUCCCGUUCCUGGUCCGGUUCAAGAGCUCCUGCAGAGUGGCGAGCAGUUCAAGCGGUCCAUUCCCAUCUACUGCGAACCUGAUAGAUUUGGGCACAACUCACAUCUCGGCACACAGAACUACAACAGGCGAUACUACUCCAAACAUGAGCUAGAGGGGCUCACCGACCUUGUUAACUACAUCUGGAGAACUGUUCUCAUCGUCGAGGGCAAAAUCGACGUCCCACAGAAGACCCGGACUGCUGUCAAUAAGUCAAUACCGAAAGGCCACGGCGAGCCUCUUGUACUAGCUCGACAAUUUGCAAUGUGGAUUGCUUGGAAGCGUGGGAACGAGACCAUUCUCACCUGGGCCUUUUCCGAUGCUUCUCUUCCGGAAGUAACGGAGACUACCGAGAAGAAGCUUAGUGCUGCUCAGGUGAAGAGACUGGAGCGAGAGUCGAUUCAUGAAGCCCUCCGAGGAACAGCCGAGCGGUCUUCAGCUCGUAUCAAGGCGUCUGAUGUGGUCCCAGAGCCUUCGCCUCCUGUGGAGGUGGAGAACUUCAACAACUUCGACAUGGUACCUGUCACUUCUGGUCCACUGACCGGAUUUCUCCGCCCGUCAGCAAACAACCCACACAUCACAACACCGAAGACGUCACAGCUUGGGCCAAAACGUGUUGCUUGUGACGCCUGUAGGAAGCGGCGGAUACGAUGCAAGCACAAAGAUGAGCUCAUUGACACAUCGAAGCCAGGCAUGCACACCAUCGACCUUUCUGGCUCAUAUGGUAUAUCUGUUAAACGUCGACUGAGUGAUCAUUCGAUCGCGGACAGCCUAUCAAAUGUUGCCAGCGGGCCGGUGAACGGUGGUCCUAUCAUGGCCGACGUAAACGGAGACCCAUAUGCGCUCAAAUCUGGGAGAGUCAAGGCUUGUGCUGACUGCCGGAAGAGCAAGCGUCGUUGUAUACAUGACGAAUACGGCAACGUCGAUCCAAUCAAAGCCAACGAGAUCCCUAUUCCGAGAGGAUCAGCCUCCAAGAAGCGACGUGUCAGCGACGAGGACUCUGGGACAGGGUCGAAACGGAUGAGACACGAAUCUUCAUACGACGAUGAAUACUUGAACGGCGACAUGCACGGACGUCAUUCUCUUCCAAACCAGUUUAGUGGUGGCUCUUCUUUCCUCCAGGAUAUCGCCUAUUCCGCCCAGCAAGCACUCGAUCAAAGCCCCGAGAACGAGGAUCUAGUACCCGUCGACCCUGCCCUCCAAGCAUAUACAAAUGGGGACUACAACAACAUGGAUAUGGCACACUCCUAUCAAGGAAAUGGGGACUCCGUCAUGUCGUCAGUCGAGUAUCCGCCAACCGAUCCCAUGCUCAUGGAAGGCAUUGAGCACACAGGACACAAUGGCGCAGCACACGGUCCCAGCGUGGAGGCCAUUACUCCUGGCCCCCCACCCCACAAUAACACUUCACACCACACAAACGGCUUCGCAUCAAAGCCCACAGCAGAAAACCACGCCGUCCGCCAUCCUUCUUCACCAGUUUCACCCCGACAAAUCUCAGCUGCCACCCCAACCACAACCACAACUACCCACAACAAUAACAGUCCCUACAUAACCUCGCCCGCAACAAACAAUUACAACAACUUUACCACAAACUCUGACUUCCCUCCUCCGCCCAUCACACCUACCCUAUCCUCCUACAAAGCCCGCGCCCAGCAACAACAACAAAACUCGUCUUCGGCCCGCAAAGCCAGCCGCACCCCUUCCCGCGGCGGCCGCAACAGCAAAACCCCAAAAUCAACGCCCGGUGGCCGACGCCCCGAUAGCAACGGUAUCAAACUCGAACACGGCAUGAGUAUGGGCACGGGCGUGGGCAUCAAUAUGGGUAUGUUGGGUAUGAUUGAUCCGAAUCUCGAUCAAGCGAGUUUCGACCUCAUCAAGCAACUUCAACAAGAGGAUCUGGGUUUGAGGAGAAGGAGUCGGUGA